AUGCAAGCUAUAGCUGACAGUCUAACUCCAGCAAAUGUGCUGAUCAAAGAAUUACACUAUGAUGAUGAAGAAAACCUUCAACAAGAUUUCAUUACAGGUUCUAACCAAUUUCAACGUCUGGCUCCUUCCAUCUCCGUCCCACCAAUUGCAUCCCCACAACAAUUCUUAAGAGCACAUACUGAUGACUCGCAGAAUCCUGAUUGUAAGAUUAAAAUUGCUCAUGGUACCACAACUUUAGCAUUCAGAUUUCAAGGUGGUAUUAUCGUCGCUGUAGAUUCUCGUGCUACAGCAGGUAAUUGGGUGGCUUCUCAAACCGUUAAGAAAGUUAUUGAAAUUAACCCAUUUCUAUUAGGUACCAUGGCUGGUGGUGCCGCAGAUUGUCAAUUUUGGGAGACUUGGUUGGGUUCUCAAUGUAGAUUACAUGAAUUAAAGGAAAAGGAACGUAUCUCUGUUGCUGCCGCAUCCAAGAUUUUGAGCAAUCUAGUCUAUCAAUAUAAAGGGGCAGGUCUAUCGAUGGGGACCAUGAUUUGUGGUUACACCAAAAAGGAAGGUCCUACUAUUUAUUAUGUUGACUCAGAUGGUACAAGACUUAAGGGUGACAUCUUUUGUGUUGGUUCAGGACAAACAUUUGCUUAUGGUGUUUUAGAUACAAAUUAUAAGUGGGAUCUAACAGUUGAGGACGCCCUUUAUUUAGGGAAAAGAUCUAUUUUAGCUGCCGCACAUAGAGAUGCCUAUUCUGGUGGUUCUAUUAAUCUAUACCAUGUUACAGAAAGUGGGUGGAUAUAUCAUGGUAAUCAUGAUGUUGGACAAACUUUCUGGGAAAUAAAGGAAAAGGAAGGAUCAUUUAAUAACGUCGUCGGCUAA